AUGAACUCAGCUGAAUUCAGUGAAGAUGUAGAAGAAGUUCUAAAAAAUAACACAGUGAAAGUGGAGACAGAGGCCGAAGAUGCUGCCCUGGACUGCUCAGUGAGUUCCAGGUCUUCCGAGAAGCACCCUCUGGACAGCGUCUUCCCUGCCCUCCAGGAUUCCAGCAAGCGAAAGCCCCCGGGCUGCGAUGGCCAGCCUGACUCUGUCCCCAGCGUGAAGAGGCGGCGGCUGAUUCCCGAGGCGCUCCUAGCAGGCAUGCGGAACCGGGAGAACUGCUCGCCCUGCCAGGGCAACGGAGAGCAGGCCAGCAGGGGCAAGAACCUGGGCUCCGCGUGGCCUGGCGAGGAGGAGCCCUGCGGCGAGGUGACCACCCCCUCUUACAAGAAGCCUCUGUAUGGCAUCUCGCACAAGAUCAUGGAGAAGAAGAACCCUCCCGCCGGGGACAUGCUCAACACGUACGAGCUCUUCGAGAAGGCAAACUCCAGCAACAGCCCCUCGCCGCUGCGGCUCCUGAACGAGCCGCAGAAGCGGGACUGUGGCAGCGCCGCAGCGGCCACCGACGGUGACCCCAACAUCUACUUUCUGAUCCAGAAGAUGUUCUACAUGCUCAACACGCUGUCCUCCAACAUGUCCCAGCUGCACAGCAAGGUGGACCUGCUCUCCCUGGAGGUGAGCCGCAUCAAGAAGCAGGUGAGCCCCACCGAGAUGGUGGCCAAGUUCCAGCCGCCCCCGGAGUACCAGCUCACGGCGGCCGAGCUCAAGCAGAUCGUGGACCAGAGCCUGUCGGGCGGUGACCUCGCCUGCCGCCUGCUGGUGCAGCUCUUCCCCGAGCUGUUCAGCGACGUGGACUUCUCCCGCGGCUGCAGUGCCUGCGGCUUCGCGGCCAAGCGGAAGCUGGAGUCGCUGCACCUGCAGCUCAUCCGCAACUACGUGGAGGUCUACUACCCCUCGGUGAAGGACACGGCCGUGUGGCAGGCCGAGUGUCUGCCCCAGCUGAACGACUUCUUCAGCCGCUUCUGGGCGCAGCGGGAGAUGGAGGACAGCCAGCCCGGCGGCCAGGUCCCCGGCUUCUUUGAGGCUGAGCAGGUGGAUGCCGGCCACUUCCUGGACAACAAGGACCAGGAGGAGGCCCUGUCCCUGGACCGGAGCAGCACCAUCGCCUCCGACCACGUGGUGGACACGCAGGACCUCACCGAGUUCCUGGACGAAGCAUCGUCCCCCGGGGAGUUUGCCGUCUUCCUUCUCCACCGGCUCUUUCCCGAGCUCUUCGACCACCGGAAGCUGGGCGAGCAGUACAGCUGCUAUGGGGACGGCGGCAAGCAGGAACUGGACCCGCAGAGGCUGCAGAUCAUCCGCAACUACACGGAGAUCUAUUUCCCCGACAUGCAGGAGGAGGAGGCCUGGCUGCAGCAGUGCGCCCAGCGCCUCAACGACGAGCUCGAGGGCCUGGCGCUGGACGGGGGCAGCGAGGGCGAGCCCGCGCGGGACGACUGCUACGACUCCUCCAGCCUGCCGGACGACAUCUCCGUGGUCAAGGUGGAAGACAGCUUCGAGGGCGAGCGGCCCGGCCGGCGCUCCAAGAAGAUCUGGCUGGUGCCCAUCGACUUCGACAAGCUGGAGAUCCCGCAGCCUGACUUCGAGGUGCCGGGCGCCGACUGCCUGCUCAGCAAGGAGCAGCUGCGCAGCAUCUACGAGAGCAGCCUGUCCAUCGGCAACUUCGCCUCGCGCCUGCUGGUGCACCUCUUCCCCGAGCUCUUCACGCACGAGAACCUGCGAAAGCAGUACAACUGCAGCGGCUCGCUGGGCAAGAAGCAGCUGGACCCGUCGCGCAUCAAGCUCAUCCGCCACUACGUGCAGCUGCUCUACCCCCGCGCCAAGAACGAUCGCGUGUGGACGCUGGAGUUUGUGGGCAAGCUGGACGAGCGCUGCCGGCGCCGGGACACGGAGCAGCGGCGCUCCUACCAGCAGCAGCGCAAGGUGCACGUGCCGGGCCCCGAGUGCAGGGACCUGGCGAGCUAUGCAAUCAACCCCGAGAGGUUCCGAGAGGAGUUUGAGGGUCCCCCGCUGCCGCCUGAGAGAAGCAGCAAGGACUUCUGCAAGAUCCCCCUGGACGAGCUGGUGGUCCCCUCGCCCGACUUCCCGGUGCCUUCACCGUACCUGCUGUCGGACAAGGAGGUGCGUGAGAUCGUGCAGCAGAGCCUCUCCGUGGGCAACUUCGCCGCCCGGCUCCUGGUCAGGCUCUUUCCGGAACUCUUCACCGCCGAGAACCUCCGGCUGCAGUACAACCACUCCGGCGCCUGCAACAAGAAGCAGCUGGAUCCGACGCGGCUGCGGCUCAUCCGGCAUUACGUGGAGGCCGUCUACCCGGUGGAGAAGAUGGAGGAGGUGUGGCACUACGAGUGUAUCCCCAGCAUCGACGAGCGGUGCCGCCGCCCCAACAGGAAAAAGUGCGACAUCCUGAAGAAAGCCAAGAAAGUGGAGAAGUGA